AUGGCCGACAUUGUAGCAACGAGGGUUUUUACAGACAGCAAGAUCAAACCCCUUCUAAAUAGGUGCCCUGGCGGUGAGGACAUUAGGACAAGAGACUCUGCCUCACUUCAAAAUACUGUCAGGCCCAACCGCGAUGACUCUGCAGCGUGCCAUCCGCGACCAAACUCGAUACCCUCUCAAACUGCUAUAUAUGAGGAUGAUAAUCUGCAGACUGCCCUCGACGAAAGGGAACUUAUUGAUUCAUUCAGAGCCCUUCCUCCGAAAGAACAGUCGGUGAUGAUGCAAAGAUUUGACACGCUUAAAACUCAGCUUUUGCAAGUCCAACAUAGAGGGGAAGAUACUAACGAUGUCUCAAAUAAUCCCACUUGGGCCCACCGGACAGAAGUGGUUGACCUUCUUCAGCUCAGCCCCACUCUGAAUUCAAAAACCAUCCGACAAGACUCAAAUCUUCAAGUUGCUUCUGCAGCGUGCGCUACAUCACGAGACGACCAGGCUCUGCCAUCCUCACUGAACCUUCAUCUAUAUUCAUCAACCAACAUACCUAAGGACGAAAUUCUGAUUUCCCUGCUUGACUCAAAUCCCUCUUUAACUCACUCAUCUAUGCCAGAGCUAGAAUCUUCUCCAGUUUCGUCCAGAUAUAGAAGUAGUCCACAAGUGAUGCCCCUGAGAGAGUCUUCCGCAAUUUCCACCUCCGUGAUGCCCCCUCAAUUACCUCCUUCAAAGGAAACUGCGAAUGUUACACCUCGGGACCCGCCGUCAGAAAUGAUUGAAGACCCGAUGGGACGCAUCAAUAAAAUAAUCCGAAUGUCGGAUGACAAAUCUGCGAGAGGGUUUACCCCGACGGACUCAAUUUCCCCCUACCUGGGUAUUUCUCUGCCAAGUGGUACCAAGAAUUUCGAAAUGAAGAGACUUCCUGUUCAGAGACCUACUUUCAGUGGAUCAUCCACGGUGUGCCAACAGUCGAACCAAAUUGUUAAAAACUUUAAUCUGCAGGGCGCCUCACAGUUACCAUCUUCCCAAAGUAAAAUAACUGACUUUUUUGUUACAUCUUCUGUCUUUAACAGUGAGUCUGCCCCCCCUCCAUUUUGACUGUUAAAAGAACAACAUAGAAGUCCCCAGCUAGCAGUCCUAAGUUGGAACAUUGCUGGCUGGAAAAGGAAAAGAUUAGAUCCUGAAUUUCUGUCCUAUAUAAACUCUUUCCAGAUAAUCCUUUUACAAGAAACAUGGGAAGAAGAUAAAAUAGAUAUAAAUGGCUUUGAACUGAUAUCACUUCCAGCUAUCCCCUCCCAGAAAGGUGGCCGGUCCAGAGGCGGUCUUGCAAUCGCCAUAUCGCUUAAAAUGAGAGCUAAACUCUCGCUAGUUCAUACCUUUCCUCCUUUUGCUUUUACUGGUCUGAUUUCAAGUGAAAAAUUCUCACUAUUAAUCACCAAUGUUUAUCUUCCUCCAGGUGGUCUGAUAUCAGACCUUCAUUAUAGAUGGGAUUCUCUGGAAGAUCAUUUAUUGGCAUGCUAUGUUAAGUACCCUAAUAUUCCAUCGAUAAUGGGUGGUGACUUCAAUGCACGGACAGCUGCCAACUGGAAUGGGAUAAUUAAGGCCAAGUGGUGGGUAUCUCCCCCCUACCCAAAAUCUGAUUUAAUCUCUUUCACAUCAAGAAGAUCUAAGGACAACAGAGUGAAUGAGGCGGGAGUCCUUCUUUAUCAAUUGGCCAUUCGUAUGAAUUUGAACAUUCUAAAUGGCAACUGCCCUCCGGACGUGCCAGGUGAAUUCACUCAUUUGGGCACAACAUCAAAUAGUGUCCUAGAUUAUCUUCUAGUCUCAGAAGACCUAUUUUCAAAUUUCUUUUAUUUCAAAGUAGAUAAUGUACAAUCCAGUGAUCACCUACCUCUAGCGGCCAAGCUAACGCUUGACUGGCACCCGGUUAGCGGAACACACCCAAUUCAUGUAGGUUUAAAUGCCACAGCUCAAGUAAGAGGCAUUAAAUGGUCCAUGAAACAGGCCCAAAAAUAUGCAGAAUUCUUCCAGAGGAAUAGCUCCGAAUCCCUUAUUGUUUCAUUGGCGGAGCUGUCUGAACCAAACAGGAUACUGGAGUGGUUCUUCCACUUCUCUGCAGAUUUAACUAGUUUCUUUACGAUGCCGGCUCACCUCGCUAACCGAGAUCAACCCAGGUUCGGUGCACCUUGGUUUGAUGCCAAAUGUAAGCAAGCUAGACUCUCUCUCUGUUGUAUCUACAAUAGAUAUAAAGCCUCUGGAGCUGAAACUCUCCCCCCAGAGUACUUGCAGGCCAAAAUUGCUUACAAACAGGCUCAGAAGUCAGCCAAGCACGAGUGGCAGCUAAGACGUUGGCAAGCGCUGAUUGCUGCCUCUAAGCUUCGCAGCUCUCACGGUUUUGGAAUUUAA